CGACGACCUUACGGCGGCAGUGGCAUACAAGCUGCCGCCUCGAGAGGUGGUCCGCGAUCGACAAACCGGUGCACGACGCUCUUUUCGCAGUUUGCUUGAGAUUGUCAGCGGUGACAUAGUGCCAGUGUACGGGAGUCGUUGAAAUCGCCAGAAUACUUCGUAGAAAUUCCUAACUGGGACUGUUUAAAUCGAAUCCUGCCGUUUUUUCGCAUAUAAGACUCUCUAAUUCUGUCAAUUGUAAAAAAAAACGAUCGCCAACUAUAGUUUCUAUACUAUUUGCAACUGGGACGCAGUGAGGAGGAGACGACCGUAGGCUUCCGAGAACGAUUGAUUGUGUCGAAAUGUUUAUGAAACAUUUAUAGAACCUAGUUUUGAACAAGAGGAGGGCAAGGCGUUCUGCGGAUCAAAGAAAAGUGAAAAGUACGACACACCGCCGAUUGAGACUUUCCUCGCGACCUUUUCUGCUCACGUACCCGCGUCCGAUUUGAUGCGCCUAAACAGGGCGUGAAGUUUAAAACACCGGCUACAGAGAUUGCGACUCGACAGGUUUUAAAAUGAACGCGUCGCUGUUCUUCCUGAUUUUUUUAAUAAGUCACGUUUAUGCGCGUGACGUGGACUAUUGCUUCGCGGACGAGGACGAUCCGUAUCUGUACAUGGCUACGAAGACUGCCUACCAUUUUGUCCACGGCGGCAAAACUCGGUUCCAAGAAGUACCUAGAUGCCGUCCGAGGCAAAUUUGGAUGUUCGCCACGCACGGCACUCAGUGUCCCACGAAAGACGAGAUCAGCGAAAUGGUGAAGCUCACGGAGCUCCAGGAUCAGAUCAUUAACAAUCACGAGACGCGAAACAACGGUCGCAUGUGCAAUAGGGAUUUAGAAAAUUUGAAAAAAUGGAAGCCGGGCGCCUAUCUCGCAGCCGAGAGGGCGGAAGUUUUGACACCGCAGGGCGUCGAGGAUAUGAAAUUGCUGGCGAGACGAUUGCAAAGCAAUUUUCCACAGCUUCUUGAAACGAGCAGCGACCGGAGUUACCUAACGGAGAAUUACGUGUUCAAGUCUACCGACGCUCGAGACAGCAUGGAGUCCUUCAUGGAAGGAUUGUUCGGAAAUAGAGACGCGGUGGAGGCGGAGGACGUCCCUGUAAAUGACACCUUGCUCACAUUGUACAAAACGUGCAACGCAUGGGAAGGCGGGCGUAGCAACACUUCCAACGAGGUAAUCGCGUUCGAAGGAGAAGUGCAGUUUCAAAAUUUGAUAAGCAACGUCAGUCGACGUCUCGGAUUUCUGUACGACAUCUCCAAAGAAUCGAUCCUGACGAUGUACGAUAUGUGCCGUUACGCAAAAGCGUGGACGGUCACGCAGCUUUCUCCUUGGUGCGCCGUCUUCAGCAAAGAGGAACUUCGUGUGCUUGAGUAUCGCGAGGAUCUCAACUAUUACCACAAAGCCGGAUACGGAUGCGCAAUCAACGCUCAGCUAGGAUGCACGCUUCUGCAGGACAUGCUGAAUCAUUUUUGGAAAGCGACGCAGGCAGAUGAGAUCCGACCCAGAGGCGUGUUCUACUUCAGCGAUAUCAUAAGUCUGCAGAACUUGUUGACCACGUUAAACAUCAAUAAGGAUCAAAUGGAGCCGACCGCGUUCAAUUACAAGGAAAUGGCGAAACGUCAUUGGCGAACCUCCUUCAUGUCGUCAUUCGCUGCCAAUCUAGUCGCUGUACUUUACAAAUGCGACGACACCCGAGAACCAAACAAAGUGAUGUUUUACUUGGCGGAGAAGCUGGUCAUGUUCGACGGUUGCGACGUAGGUCUCUGCGACUGGCAGUAUCUGAAGCAAAGAUUCAACCCGGUCCUCAAGCACUGCAACCUAGACGUCUGUUGGAAUGGAAGCGGAACCAUAACUGGCUUCGUUCCCAGCUUCGUUUUAAUCGUCCUCCUCUCAUGCUUCACUCUAGUCCUUGCGCGGAAAUAAAGGAGCAAGGCGCACUCACACACAUGUAUACGCGUGUCGUCGAUAUUAUUUGUAAUAUGCAUAAUAUAUUAUAUAUAUAUAUACGUACAAUAUUAAACGCGCAUGAAAUUAUCGUAACGGCUAUUAAAGUAAGAUAAUUUCGAUGGACAGUUGCAAUUAUCGCUGAGAGCGCGUACAUUCAGUACGAUUAUUCCUAAUCUAUCGCUACGCGCGUAAUUUAUACAAAUUUAUAUAGUCUAUUGUCAUUCUCAUUUGUUUAUACGUCGCAAGUGUAUGUACUCGAUUAAGUGACACGUUAUUUAUACUCCUACGUAUUUUCCUUUUUCUUAUCGACGUCCGUCCGACUGCAACGGUAUACCGUACAUAAUUGCACAAUUACUGAUAUCCUCAAACUUUUCGUACAGUUUCAUUCAAUACUGUAGCCGGAUUAUAUGAGAAUAAAUUACUUACAAUUAUUACUGGGAAA